UCUCACAGUAUUUAAGGUUUUGAAAUCUUUAAACCAUUCCUUUUCCUUCACCAUAUUUCCUGAUCGCUUCAUGUAAUAUGUGCCACCAAAUCUGUUAUGUAAAGCACCCACUAUGAACUGUGCUGCAACAUUAAAUACAAUUAUUUGAGAUUUUGUUCUAAAACAGAAAAUCCUUAAAUGUCUGUGUCCGAUCUUUAAUGUAAAACUGUGUUUAAUCUUUGCAUUUACAAAGAUAACCUUUCACCCACAUGACGAACGACUGGAUUGAGGCCAAAAUAAGCUAAUGGUAUUGUGAGCUGUAGUCCCCCUCACUAAUGUGUGAGUGUAAUUGUGGAGUUUCAUGCAUUGUUCUGUGUGCUCAGCUGAUAGACAGAGUGGUGGCGGUAAACCUCUUAGGGAUCCAGAGGGUUACCCAGGUCUUGCAACAAUACUCACAGUGAUGGGGGAUCAGGCUCCAGUUCUCCUUUCCUCCCCUCUGCAACUGCUCACACUCACAGGAAAACUCGCGCACAUUCACAUGCCUGCCUCCUGCCUGCGAUUAGACCCAACUCUAAGUCGAUAUUGCCAACAUUCCUGAGUUGACCCCACUGCUUUGUCAAACGUUGCUUCAUCGCUGCAUGAGCACAAAGGACUCGACCAGAGGAGAGAUUGCACCAGCACAGAUUCACUUCACCCACUGCAGCCAAGAGUUUUUCAUCCUGCCUAAAGCACAUGUGGGAUACGUUAUUGUAAUUUCCACUGGCACUGGGCAGAGUGGAGGCCACUCACAUCCAAUGACUUCAAGGAGCUCUUAAAAGGAGUCUGAGGAGAAACUAAACCAAAGGCUUUUCUUUCACUGGAUUUCGCUUGUUAGGAGAACUGCAUCUUUAUUUUUUCAGACUUGUUUCAAUAUCCUUGUGUGCUGUCAACCUAUCUAACUUUUAGUAAAUAAGAAUAAGGAAUCUAACAGCCAGGAAGACCUUUUUUUCAGCUUUUAAAGAUGGACCCUUUACCAGACAUUCCACGUGUGCGCUCAGACAGCACAAGCAGCUCAGCAUCUCAGAGCUCCAGGUCAAAAACAGUCCUCCGCCAGCGCCUGUCCCAGCUAAUGACCUGCAUAGAAGACUUGAGCUCUGAUGAUGAGGCCGGUGAAGAAGUGUCCCGCACACUGGACGAAGCCUUUCAGCUAUGUGGACGCUUCAUUCCUACAGAUGCAUUCAGGCUGCACAUGGUGACCUGGAAUGUGGCCACAGCAGAGCCUUCUGAAGAUGUCACUUCUUUGCUGCAGCUAGAUGCCCAGCCCCCCAAAGACCUAUAUGUAAUUGGCCUGCAGGAAGUGAAUGCCGCCCCUGUGAAGUUCAUCUCAGACCUGAUAGUGGAGGAUUCCUGGAGCCACCAAUUCAUGGAUACACUGGCCCCUUGGGGCUUUGUGAAGGUUACGUCUGUGAGGAUGCAGGGUUUGCUGCUACUGAUUUUUGCCAAACAAAUGCAUCUCCCCUACAUCAGAAACAUCCAGACUACCUACACUCGUACUGGCAUCUUUGGCUACUGGGGUAAUAAGGGAGGAGUGUCUGUACGUUUUUCCUUCUAUGGGCACAUGAUGUGCUUCCUCAACUGCCACCUUGCAGCUCACAUGCACAAUGCCCUGCAGCGUGUUGAUGAGUUUGAGUACAUCUUGGAGACACAAGACUUUGACAUCUUUGACACCCCUCACAUCUUGGACCACAAGGUGGUGUUCUGCUUUGGUGAUCUUAACUUCCGCAUUGAAGACCAUGGCUUGCACUUCAUCCGCUCAUCCAUCAACAGUGGACGCCUCAAUCUGCUAUGGAGCAAGGAUCAGCUCACGAUGAUGAAGAAGAAGGAACCAUUCCUGCAGGAAUUUGAGGAGGGGCCAUUAAACUUUAAACCCACCUAUAAGUUUGACCGUAAAUCUGACUCCUACGAUACCAGUUCUCCAAAGACAUGGUUGGGUUUUAAUGGAAAGAAGAGGAAGCCAGCCUGGACAGAUCGGAUCCUCUGGCGGAUAAAACCAAAAAGCUUGCCAUCAGAGGAUGAUGAUGAAGAUGAUGAUGAUGAGAAGGCAUCAACAUCUGAAGAUAGUGGACAAGAUGAGUAUCCAAUCCUUGUCACCCAGAACCAGUACACAAGUGACAUGAGCUAUGGAGUCAGUGACCACAAGCCUGUCACUGCAAACUUCACUCUGGAGCUGAGAAAAUGCUUCGACACACCACUGGUGCAUGUAUCUCCUGAGGGUGUAUGGAGCGCUGACCAGAAUGCUCUUCUGACCUACGUCGUCCAAGAGGACUUCAUGUCUUCCACAUGGGACUGGAUUGGCUUGUAUAAGGUUGGAUUUAAGAAUCCCUCUGACUAUGAAACCUUUGUCUGGGUGAGAGAGAAGGAGCUGCCAGAAAUGAAUGAAGUCAUACAGAUAUCUGUCGACAAGGAUGAGAUUCCCCUCCUGGGUGGGGAAUUCGUUUUGGGUUACUACAGUACAAACAUGCAAUGUAUCAUUGGUUUGAGUGCUAACUUCCAGAUCCUGGAGUCAAAGCGUGUCGUCAUGGAAGGUCUCGUUCCUGAGGACAUAAACGGGAUCAACAAAUAAAAGUUUUGCUGUGAUUCAGACUUUAAAAUGUCCCCUCACUGGAUAAGAUGACUCAGUCACCACAAUGUUACUGCAUGGACUAAAAGCUUACAUUUAUUAAGUCCUACUUUGGGAAGAAAAAACACUUCAUGUGUCCAACCAGUUUGUCUGCUGGCCUGUUUAGUCUACUAGACACCCCCGUAGUAGAGGUGGGCAAUACCGCAAGAUGUAGUUGCGACCUGUUACCAAGUGAAUAAAGAGCUUGUACCAUCUAUACCAUCUGUUAUAGGACUGUCGAAAUGAACACAUUAAUGCAAAGAGAUUUAACUGUGGAAUUAAUGAUUUCAUUUUUUAAACACAUUAACGCAUGAACAACAAAGUUAUCGCUCAUUCCAUAAAAAUCAGAAUUUGUGAUUAUCUCGGUGAGCAAAACUGAUUUGGGCAUGUUGGUGCCCUGUGAUGGUGAUGAACCAAAUCCACAAAAAAACACUUUAACAUCUUUAU